GUCUGAAAAGGAUGCUCCCAGGCAACCCUAGCACAUACUGAGUACGUGCUAUCAGGCCCAUCUGUACAGGGCCUUUAUUGAGCUAGUUAGUGCAGUUUGGACAGUGUUUCACUUACCCUAAGUAUUGAAUGCCAGCAUGGUGAAUCUGAAAAGACAUGCAUACAGGAUCAGGUACUUUUUUUGCUAUGUAACCCUAGCUUGCUUUGACCCUGGAAUUUCAUUUUCCGUUUGAAUAUACUAGUUAUAGGAAGGCUGUUUAACUGCACAGCUUUUGCAUUUCUCUUAGGAUGAAUCUGUCUUGCAGAGUAAGACAGAACAGCUGGUUCUGAUCACAACAUAGGGCUAGGUUGUAUGAGCCCAACAAUUGGUCAAAUUGGUUUUUUGGAUUACAGAUCCCAGAAUCCACCAGCCAACAUAACUGUUGGCCGGAGAGUUCUAGGAGCUGUAUUCCCAACCACUCCCCAUCCCUACAACAGCAGCUUUCCCAAGCUCUGCAUGAAUCUUUCUCAACGUUACUAGAACUUCAGAACGAGCACAAACCAGAUGUUUGUUUUGUUUAGCCCAAGCUUCUAUUUCCAGCAGCAGCCAGGUCUAAGAGGUUUAUAAGCAGGAUAUAAUGGGUAACAAUACUGCCCUGUGCUUUACCCUGGCAUCUAGUAUAUUGAGAAAUAUGAACGUAAUGCUGGCUUAUUACAUAGCACAAUACAUUGCUAUGUUAUGUCUCAUAUCCACCCAAGUGCAGUGUAAUUUACUAAUCAGGUGCUGGAGAGAGGAAAAAAGUCUUUCUUCCUCGCCACAUACUUUUACUAAUACUCCUAAACCCACAAAGGCGCGUGAUUGCUCUUUUUCUGAUUCACCUUUUGGAAAGCUGCCCACACUAUGGGGCUGUUUACUGUUGACUUUGUAAUCUUGUGAGUGGUAGUCUUAACUAUUUCUCUCCCCCCCCCCCCCCCGCCAAUCUUUGUUUGCAUCUUGCACUGUUUUCUCUAACUCACUCACUUUCCAAAUACUAUUGUGUUUUUAAACACUGAGCACCUAUGUGGGUCAGACAAAUGGGCAGAAAAACAAAAUAGAAGCUAAUAUUGGGCUAUGAUUCUUGGCAUGGGGGACAAAAAGAAUGAUUCAAGAGAAGGAAAUGUGUGUGGAGUAGAUGCUACUUCCCUGAAGCUGAGAUAACUUUCCAGAGGUUUGCAUACUCUCCUACAGUGUAAUGUAGCCGGCCGCUAAUCGCGGAAAGAGCUGACUAAUGGCAGAAUUACUUAUGACUACGUUGCUUUGAAUGCUAACAUGCUUGGCUGUUAGUGCUGCUCUCUGGAAUGAAGAUAAAGAUAUGUCUUUAAUGAACAAGCUUCCCUACUGCUCAGUACUUCCACAUUUUAUCCCUCUGAACAAACGUUGAGGAUUUUUGUUUCUCAGGUUAGAGGGAGAGAGAAAAAGUUUGGUGUAAUUCCUGACACUCUAUUUGCUGUUGUCUCAUUUUCGUGGUGGAGCUGGUAUGAGAAGUUUACAGUUGGUUCUGCCAUGAACAAGCAACUACUGUCAAACAAGAUGCCAGCAGAGUUUAGGAGCAUGUGUGUGCUGCUGCCAAACCGAGACCAGCUCAACGUGACUGUCGGGGUAAAAGCAACUGGACAAGAACUUUUUGACAAAGUUUGCGACAUUCUGAAAAUUAAAGAUCCUCACUUCUUUGGCAUCAGUGUUGUAAAAAACAAUGAAUAUGUAUUUAUUGACCUGGAGCAGAAGCUUUGUAAAUACUUCCCAAAGGAGUGGAAGAAGGAAACAAGCAAAGGAACAGAGAAGUUUAGCCCUCCUUUGGUUGCUUUCUUCAGAGUACAGUACUAUGUAGAAAAUGGACGCGUCAUAAGUGACAAGGUAGCCCGACAUUAUUACUACUGUCAUCUCAGGGAACAAGUCCUGAGGUCUCGGUGCACAGACAAAGAAGAAAUCUAUUUUCUGUUGGCUGCGUAUGGUCUGCAGAUUGAUGUGGGUGACUACCGGGAAGACUUUCACAGAGAAAACUAUUUUGAGCCCCAGACCUAUUUCCCACAAUGGAUAAUAGCAAAGCGGGGUAGUGAUUAUAUCUUGAAGCACGCUCCCAAGAUGCACCGAGAACAGCAAGGCCUGUCGACCAGAGAAGCUAUCUUGAAGUAUGUCAAGGAGUCAUGCUUGCUGGAAGAUGUACCUGUCCACUUCUACAGAUUGCAGAAGGAUAAGAAGGAGGAACGUCCUACAAUCAUCCUGGGUCUGACCCUUAAAGGGAUGCACAUUUAUCAGGAAGUGAAUCAUGUUCGCCAGCUUCUCUAUGACUUCCCCUGGUCGUAUGUUGGGAAACUUGCAUUUCUGGGGAAAAAAUUUGUGAUCCAGCCCGAUGGUUUGCCUUCUGCCCGAAAACUGGUUUACUAUACUGGCUGCCCUUUCCGGUCUCGACAUUUGUUGCAGCUGCUUAGCAACAGUCACCGGCUAUUUCUUAACAUCCAGCCUGUACUUAAGCAGAUCCAAAUGAUGGAAGAUGCAGAAGAGAAGAAACGAUAUCGGGAAUCCUACAUCAGUGAUACAUUGGAGAUGGAUCUUGAUCCAUCAGACAAGCGUUCACACGACAGCGGAAGUAGCAGAGGCAGCGAGAGAAAUAAUCGGUUAUCUCGACAGUCAACAGAUAGUCAUGGCAGCUCCCACACUUCUGGCAUUGAGGCUGAUUCAAGACACCGGAUAUCUGUGGAGAUGUCAGUGGAUGAGCCCUUUGGGAUGAGUCGGGUUCAUCAGAAGGAGCAGUCUUGUAGCUCAAACAUCAGCUGUGGCAGUUCUGGCAUUGAUAGUGGUGGCAAAGAGAGAGCAGAAGAUGACUCUCAGGAUGAUGAAGUUGAAUUAGUAGUGGAUGAACCAGAAGAGGUACCAGUGGAUGAGCCACCAUUAGAAGAAACUAUCCGUGAAGAAUCUGUUGAUUCUCAGGCAGAAAAUGACAUGAAUAAGAACUCUCUUUCAGUAGUACAAGUCACAUUAAUAAAGGUCAAAGGCCAAAGUGUGGAAUCCCUUUGUCAGAUUACACAGCCCAAAGUUAUGAAGUACCCUGACAAGCAUAGCCAGAGUCUAGAUGACAUUCGUCUUCACAAGUGUCUUCAUCCACCACUCAGUGCUACUCUGUCUUCGGAUACCUCGCACAGCUAUACCUUUGGUUGCACAUUAGAGGAUAAACUGGCCAGCUACGGAUGUGUUUAUUCAACAGCAGACUGUAAAACCAAGUCAGCUCUCUAUGGAAAGAGGUCCAUGAACUGUUUGUCACUGGAUCUCUUGGGAGAAGAUCAGCUCCCAGAGGAAUUUGUGGUGUGAUCACACUGGGUCCAUGUCACUGAACAGCAUCUAGAAAAAAAUGAAAUGAUUGUUGGUCUGAUAGAAAAGAGAAUUCAUUCUCUCUCUGUAUCUCUAUACCUCAUAAUGUGGGAAAGUUGUUUUCCUUAUUGUUGCCUCUCUGUGGUUUAUCCUUUUUUUUAUGCAGCAGAGCUGAUCAAAGUACAAGUUAAUAAUUGAAGUACAUCCUCUUCAGUGCUCCAGUACUAGAGGAAAGAGAUCCUUGACUAUUGGCAAGAAUACGUUUCUCACUAAAACACCUGGUGGGCAAAUGAUUCAAACUAAUAAAUACAACUGGCGGACACACAACAUUUGCUUGCUGUUUUUACACAAACUGGUUUGCUGUAUUGUGGGUUUUCCCCCCACACUGUUUCAGCAUGUGUAAUUUUUUGGGAGGUUGAUUUUCUAGAAUGUACCUUCAUCAACUGUCUGCCAAACAGAUGCUCUGUAAUGUUGUGGGCUUCCUAAAGUGGAAAACCUGCCUUGUGUCAUAAGCAAUUUUCAAGGUGUUUGCCCAAACAUUUCUGAAAACAAUAUAUCGGUAUAUAUUUUACAUCCUCAGUAGGCUAUUUGGGGAGAGAGCAUCACUUUGAGACUUUGCCACUGCUUGUUUUAGCUUUUGUCUGCCCUAUUCUAAGCCAUUUCUUGAAAAAAUGACCAGAAAAACAACUGAUAUUAUUCUUAGGGAUAAGUAGCAUUUUAUACCAUAAUGUUUGUAACAUGCUGAAAUUCAUCAUGCCACAAUAUGUUAGAAAAAUUUUAUAAGUACUGUAAAUAAAUGCCACAAAUUGCUUAGAAAUGAUAAUACAGGUCAGUAAUUUCUGUAGGACUGGUCCAUGACUUUCCCAGAGCUGUAAAAUAUGACAAUUUUCCCUUCAGGUUCAUGGACAGUGUGCAUUGAAAUCCCAUUGAUUUCAGUGAGACAUGAGCUUGUUAAACCAUCUAGAAGAUGGUAUGUACAGAAGGUAGGGAAAGAAUCCUGCUAAUUAAUUCUGUUAACUGAUCUUGAUUCUGAAAUCUAGUUAAUCCCAACAUUGUUUCACCAAAAAUACUGUCUUAACUUUUACGAGCCAUGCAACAGGGCACUUCAUAUCUUCCCAAUAUAUAUAUAUAUAUAUAUAUUCCUCAGAGGUCAGUUAAUACACCCAUGUUCAUCACUCACUGCCUGUAGAAUCAAGCAGAAAUGACCUGCUUGUAUGUGUGUACUAGUUGCAGUCCAACAACAUGUGGGGCCUUUCCACACUACACACUAUUCCAGUAGAAAACAAUGUGAAUGGAGUGAAAGGAGAGGGAAUUUAUAAUUGAAGGAGGAACUCUCAUUGGCUACAUUUCUCUGUAACUCAACAGCAUCAUAGUUCCACAUGCAAACCUAUAUGAGGCUAGCCUAGAUGAAAUGUCAAACCGGAAUGCUCUGUCUCUCUUUCUCUGUUCCCUCCCAUGCAAAUUACAGGGACAGGUCCAAAUGAGAAUCCCAACAAGGGGCACAGUGUUAAAAGCCUUCUUUUCCCAUACCUUGGGUCUUAUCCAGAUCAUCCUGCCCUACACCUGUUUUUUUUUUUUUUUUAAAAACAAUUGCUAAUUGAGUAACUGGUGUAUCUUCUUGUUUGGCUCCCAGUGUUAGGUGGCAAUGAAGGGAGCAGUCAAGAGAUGUAUCUAACUGAGUUAAUCUAUCUCAAAUCUUUCCAAGUAUUUUCUUUUCUCCCUUCAGUUUAGUUCUGUGUUGUUCCAAGUAUGGCUGAGCUUUGAUGGUAAAUCUGAGAAUGUAAUUCAAGUAGUGUACCAUUAUCUUAAUAGUAUUAUUCCUCCUUUUGGCAGUAGAAUAUUUAUUUUGCCCACCCCAACUUUGAUCACUUGAACAUUUCUUUCUGGAUUGCCUGUUGCCAUAGAAAUAAAUUAAAGGGUCAAAGAAACCCAUUUCCCACAAAAUUGUAGGGCUAGAAAAAACUAGUAACAUCUACAACAGUGGAGUUUUUUAGUUUUUGUUUUAAUGUCUCUCCAAACAUUUAAAGAGAAUGGAGGAGGAGGAGGAGCAGUAGCAGCAGUGUGGAUAAAGAUCACCAUUAUGGCACAUUUUAUUUUCUUGUGUACCUACUUGCAAAACGGAUGAGAAAUCAGCAGCAAGUUCUGAGAACUACCUGAAAGAAAAGUCACUUUCACAAUCUGCAUGAGAAUAAAUAGAAGCCGAUUUUUAGGGGUUCAUGCAGAAUCUCUUCCCAGUAGAUUAUGGUCCCUUACUACCUUUUGCCAAUUUGACUUUCAGUGAUCCUAGUGAACCAGUUAAUCACCCUCGAUGCCCAUGUAUGAGAAUCAUACAGAUGUUGUUAGUCUGCAACUCUCAGUAUUCCUUCACCAUUGGUUGUUCUGGCUUGAGAUACUGGGAGUUGCAGUCCACCUACAUGUGAUGCCUUUCCACACUACACAACUAAAACAUUAUAGUUACACAUUAACUGCCAUAGCUGCAUUCUAUGGAAUGCUGGGUUUUGUAGAGUAUGGUGUUCUCUGGUUGGGAAUUCUAAAUACCAUUCCUAAAAUUCAAAUCCCAGGAUUCCAUAGGAGGUUACUAUGGCAGUUAAAAUGGAAUAAUAAUGCUAUAAUUGUGCAGUGUGAAAGGGCCCCUGGAGAGCCUCAUGAUUCCAUACCUCUCGGUAAUUUUAUUUAUAAGAUCUGCUCCAUUGAGCAGUCAUGGCAACCCCUACUGCCCUACCUCCAUCUUCAAUAAAUGCUUUUACACUAUAUCCACUUUGCACACACAGGACAAAUCUGUGCCAUCCCUAUCAGUUGUUCCCAUUGCAUGUUGCUCAUUGCUUCAAGCUAUUAUAUACUCUUUCUCUCUCUCUCUUAAAUCUAUAUAUUCAUAUUGAUUUCAUUUUAGUAAGUGAGAAUGAAAAUCUUGCAGUUUUUCAUGUGCCUUGACCCAGUUUUUCAAGACAGGUAUAAUGAGAUGGUGAGAUGGUGCUCAAUAUGAGAACUAGUUCUCUCCCGAGAGUCAUGAAAUCCAGCAGUGAUCCUGCCAAACAUAAGUUGCUUGAUGUCUCCUGUUGAAAAGGUAAUAUGAGAAUCUGGGCCAAUAGUGAUACAAACUUGUCUUAAUGAAAUUUCUCCAAGCACUGCAAUGAUUAUUAUGCAAUCUUCUUUUGAUUCUUGUGAAUGUAAGACUCCUGACAUAUAUAGAGAGAGAUUUUCAUCACAAAGGUCUAUUUUAUGUUUAGUUUAGCUGUGGUUUGGAAUUUUUAUUUUUAUUUUUUUAAAAGCUUUUAAUCUACUGAAGAGAUGAAAACCAGCUGGCAAUAUUUGUUCAGCUGUAUGAGUGGUUGCAGUCACUCCAUUUUUAAUGGCUGAUGUUCCUCCUUUCCAUGAAAGGAAAUUUUUGUAUGGGAAAAACACAUGCACACACAUAGAUCGAUCUGUCUGUCUGUCUUUGUAUACAUAUGUAAUAAAAUGAUUGAAAAGCA